AUUUGGUAAUUUAUGUAUUUCCUACUUUCUGUGAUCCUCUCUCCCCUCCCAAUGCAAAAGGAUUUAAAGGGCUGGGUUGUGUAGCCUUCUUAUAUUUUCAGUCCCAAAGACGUGAGCAUUAGGUCAAGACCAACCCGGUUUUAUAAUACAACACCAUGAGUGACUCCGCCAAGGAUACCGUGUCGCCGAAGGAGAAGGAUGGAGCAGAGAAGAGAGGACGUGGGAGACCAAGAAAACACCCACAGGAGCCUAGUGGGUCUCCGACUCCUAAGCGGCCCAGAGGAAGACCAAAGGGCAGCAAGAACAAGUCCUCCACUGCCGCCAAGGGCAAAAAAGCCACGGCACCAGCAUCUGCAGGGACGAAACGCAGAGGAAGACCCAAGAAGGCGGAGAAGGAGGAGGAGCCCUCGAAGGAAUCCUCCGAGGAGGAGGAAGAGGAGGAGGAAGAACAGUAACCGUGCAACUUGCGCUACCUCAUAAUUCAAUAUGACGGCUUCCUGCCAGCCAGAUCUGGACUGAAACACUUUUACCCCAGAGCCACCCUAACCUCGCUCCUGCCAUUAACCUCUGUCCGCUCUCACACUCUCGCGCGCGCUCAAACAGGGGGGGAUUCGCACAGAACUCAUGCAUUCGACGUUUCCCCUGCGACACCACUGGAAGACACAACUAUGUAUAUCCAUACAUAUAUCACGGCAUGUAUGUAUGUAUGUAUGUAUGUGUAUAUUUGUAUAUGGGAGUCCUGUUCACUCUGGGUUAGCAUCUUAUGUCAAAUGGUAACGUCUGUGCACCAGGUAAAGGUAAUGUUGUUUUGAGUCUUUUAGGCUUAAAAUGAUUACUGUUAUAAGAUACUCUGCAUUUGACAGUUUUUAGAAGCAACAGAUCGCAGGACUUGCUUUUCUGCUUUCUGCUUUUUUCUGUAAUUCUUCUAUACAAGUAUCUGAGUCUGAGCUGGUUGGUUGGAUGUGUGAACUAUUAAUGUCAUUUUAUACUGGACAAAGGUGACUUUACCUACUCUUUGUUUUUCAUUUGGUGUGUUCAUGUGCUUUGUGUAGUUAUUCAAAAGUAAUAUUCACCUAUCACUUUACUUUCUCGAUGGAAGAGUAAUGUUUUUGCGCAAAUUGUAGUGUUUGGAUUUCUUUGCCGCAUUCUCAGUGCAACCUUUCAGAAACCCUGACCAUCGUCCCACUGUUUUUAACCUAGGUGUCCAUUCUGUCCCCUUUCCAUCCAAUUAAACAUAACCAUUUUCAUAAACAUAAUCAUAAAUCCUAAAGGUAGACCCUGUCUCGCCUGCACUUGAGUACGCUUUUAGAGAUUGCUGUGAGGCCCUAUACGCGUUGUUGUGGACAUGUUUCAACAACUAGUGGCUGUCUGUUCAAGAGUCGCCAUAGUGAACCCCCCCCCAACCCCAGCUUGUUAUAGGCCUUAGUGCCACUGACCUUUGUAUAGCUUCUGUGAGUCACAUUGUCACCCUUACUGUGUAUAGUGUGACGUUUUCAUCACUUUAAUACAGCCCUGAGCUAUGGUACGUCUCACAUAAUUACAAAACAUAGACAGACACACACAUGCGUACAGACAUACGAGCGCUCAGCAAGACCAUAGUUAGUCAUCGGGUCUGAGAACCUUGAUUGCUCUGCAUCUUGUGCAUCACAGCACAAGGGCUGACGUGUUUAAUGUCCAUCCACAUUCUGUCGGCACCUGACCCUCCCGUCAUUUUGACAAGCUGUUUGUUUCUCUUUUCUUUUGACCUGACUGUUCUUGAGUAGUUCUUUAGUUUCAUGGUUUUUCGACUAGGUGUGAAAUGGUGGACCAUUCCAUAUCUUUCAAAUCCUUACCCGCUGUAGACGUCCUCUUUAGAGUUGGCCACGGUGUACAAGUGGAUGUUCUGUUUUUUUCCACAGCAAGGCUGUAUCUCACGUUUGUGAAAUGUCUUGCCUGCUCUCUGGUUUAAAAAAAAAAAUAAGGCUUGGUAUAUUUUUUUUGUAGUGCUUCUGGAAAGGUUUUUCUUCUCCGUGUCAGGGAAAACGGAUCACAGUCCAGUGAUCUGUCCACAGAACUUAUGCUGCUACAAACUCGGACAUAAAAACCCGGAAUACUGCAAUCGGGCCUAGUGCUCUCUGGCACUGGUCUGCAAACUCAUACCUCACUUGACAACAGCUUACUUACUUAUACCAUGUUAGUUUCAGCUGGUCUCAGAACAGCCUUGGUGAGGAGUGUGCGAUGUUUCAAGUACAAUGUCUGUAUUAUGGUGUUUUUCGUUUUUAGUUCAGUAUUUUUGUCUAACAAUUUUGGACUUAAGAUGCUACGCUUUUUUUACAAAAAGGAAAAAAAAGAAACAGAAAGUGUGCACAAGCACUAUCAGCUUUUCAAGAUUUGUCCGUGGGAAUUACACACACCGUAAAUGACUGCAUCAUGUCUGUAAAACAAAUUAUUUUUGUUUGUCUUGGCUAAAUAUGUUCACAGAUUGUGGUAGUUUAGCAGUUUUGUGUUUAGUUUUAUAAUUAGAUACUGUGGUGCACUGAAACACAUUUUUUUCUGUUUGGGUUAUCAUGCGUUAAUGGUUUUACAGUGUAGUGACAACAGGCCAUGGUCUUGAUUUUGGAAAAUUGUCCCACUCUGCUCGGCACCCACCGUCUUUUAAGUUCAAGCGGUACUGUGGCCGUUGACUCGCCAUUUAAACGAGCUGUCCUUGUGCACCGACUUCAUCCAUGCAUACAGUACACCUGCACAAAAAAACUGUUUGGGAUCAGUCUUUUCAUUGUAUAAACUGUAUUUUUUAUUGUGGCCUGCAAGUUUGUAUUCCAAAAUGGUAAUAAAGUUCAAAGUUUUUAAUUGCU